AGGACAACAACGUGAAAAACGCGAGCUUCCAAAGCCAGUGAAUUUUGGGAAAAUUCUCCAUCCAAAAUUGGUGCAUCAUUCAGAAAAAAGUGCAACGAAACAGGUCGACAAUCUUCUUUGGUCAUUGUGAACGGUUUGGUACAGUGAAAGUGGAAUAUAUUUAGCGAACUUUGGUUGCGUGUUUACAUUCUCUGCGAGCGAAAAAAUCACCAUCAAUUUGUCGCCCACUUGAAAUUGAGCUCUAUAAUAUGGACUACGAGGAGUUGGCAACGAUGGUGGAGGAGCAAAAUCAAUCGGAGCGUAAGGAAAGUGGAAAACGAGGUCGCAAACCAGGUCGUAAGGUAUCGACUGAGAAGAUCGACAUGAAGGCUAAACUCGCAGAACGCAGCCGGCAAAGUGCUCGUGAGUGUCGUGCCCGCAAGAAGCUUCGCUACCAAUACCUGGAGGAGCUGGUGACCGAUCGCGAGAAAGCCGUGGUUGAGCUGCGCCACGAGUUGGAGAAGCUGUACAAUUGGGCGCUGGAAGUUGAGGCCGGCCGUUGCCCGGACGGUUUGCAGGAGCUGCUCGAGGAGUUGGGCGCCAUGAAGCAGGAAUAAAAUGGCCACCGGCUUGGUUUCGUCGUCGGGUUGUGUUUAUGUUUAAUAACGGAUAAAAACCAAGUACCGAUGCUUCCUUUUGACUGAGCUUUUUGGGUUUCGGAAGGUAGGCCUGCUGCUGCGGUGCUGUAUGAAGUACGCGAGCAAAGGGCAGCUCGCGCGCUGGCCUUCCAUUUCCUUUGCAUUUGGUUGCACAUAAAUAUUAGUACACAGCUUGCUUUCCUUCUUGUAUAUUUUCUCCGUUACGUUUGAGUAUUUCUGUUCGAUGAGCAUUUUGCCAAAAAAGAAACGAGCUCCAGUGUGCGGAAGAGCGGUGAUUAAGAAAAGCUACAUAAAAAAUGAAAAAAUAAUGAAAGUAAAGCAACAAAACAAAAAAAAGAAGAAGGAAGUAACCCCAAUCUGAACAUGACCUAAAGACACAAG